AUGCCGCCCAAGACUCUCUUGCCCACCGGCCUUCGAUCCACAGCCAACGUCCUGCUGAGAACCAUACGAACCAGGUCGAAGGAUCAGCAGGAGCGGUUGGCAGCUCUCGAUGAGUUGAGCGCCCUGCUGUUGAGCGGGAAGAACGACUCUGAGAUCAGCGCUGCCGCUGUCACGUUGGGAUGGGCGGAGGCACCGAGUUGGUCGAACAGCACAGACGAGGCAUCGAGGUUCAUUCAUGAUCACCUCGUCAGCACCCUCCUCCCUGUCUUGGGCGAAGCUCUCAUGGACUCGGAUGCUGAGAUUUCGCAGCGGACCACGCUGGUCCUUGCAAGAAUCGGAGCUUCCCUGGGGUCAGAAGCUCAAGACUUUUUCGCGUGGGCGUGUGCUGGCGUGAACAAACAGGCAACGCAGGAUCCUGUCAUGCUCUCUGUUCUGCUCGCCGUCAUCUCUCAGACGAUGCGCCUGGGUCAGCAGGACGCAGUGAAGCCGUUCGCCGUGGAGGUCGUGAAGGAGCUUGUCAACCUCCUGGAGACUGUCGAACACUACCAGAUGGUGAUCCCCAUCGUCGUCAACCUGCAGCAGAUCGCUCGUCUGUUCCCUCUCGUCGUCUCUGGCGUCUUCAAGGACAUUAUCGACCUCCUGGUCGGGUGGAGUCUUGAUCCAAUCGUGCCGGAGAGGGCGAGGCAGCAGAUCACGACGACGUUUGCGAACUUCGAAGAGCACUGGAGUGAGCAUCUUGACUUCGCUGAGGCCUUGCUUUCCAAGCUUGUCGAUGACUUGGAGGCCCUGGACCAAGUCGUUCGCACAAAGUUGCCCGAGGUGCAGGGGGCGCAGAGGUGGACGAGCCAGGAGGCAGCGAGUGCUCUUUCAGAGAUCUCGCGGCUCGCGGCUUGCUUCGUUGGGGUCCUGAGUUGCUCGGGGAAGAAGUUUGUCAAGAACCAGGGUGAAAACUUUGUGCGGCGAUUCCUCGCUUGCAUCGAGGGCAUGUCGAGCAUGACGGGCAGGCUGUCGUCUUCUUUCCUGCUGGAUGACCCAAACUUGUCCUGGCGGGUCGAUUGCUACCUGGGAAACUCUCAGAGCAUUGUGAGGCUGCUGAUCAAUCUGGUGCAAUGUGAGUCGGCCAUGGCGGACCCGAUCUACAAGAACCUCGAGACCUUCAUCGGGUACUGCGCAAACCACAACGAAGAAGCUGCCGUGACCGUCCUUCUCCAUCUUGUCAACGCCCUGGGCCUCGAGCAGUACAUGAGGGGUCUGAAGCUCAGCAGCAGCCGAGCUGCGCAGAUACAGGGAUCACCCCUGCUCGUUGGCACUGAGCUCUCAUCGGCGGCCAUGAGCAGGAUCGCAGUCUUGCUUCUGAAUCCUGCUUCGGUGACGGCACGGCUGCGGCUCAAGGCGAGCAGGCACCUUGCCGUGAUCGUGAGGCAGCUGUACUUUGGCAUCUGGCAGUGUUCCGAACCUUUCUCCUCCGACAAGUCUGAAUGCUGGAAUCAACGGUCCAGCUCAUCAAUCAUUGGGAUGUACCUGCAGGAGCUGGAAGAUGCGUGCAGGCAGCUACGGGAUGGGAACGAGAAGCUGGAGCGACAGAUGGAGACAGUCUCGAAGAAAGAGGAAGAUGCGCUUGUGGACAAGCUGCGAGAGUCGGAGAUGGUCGUCGUCUUCCUGGGGGGUAUCCUGCUGCAGUCCAUGAAGGAGCUGCAGGGAGAUCUGGACCUGGUGGUUCAAGAGCAGCUCGUCUCCUCUAUCACCGUAUGUGCCACGAGCUUGCAGGGUCUUUCCAGCGGCUUCCAUGCAGCUUCCAGGGCCCAGUCGGUCUUCAUCCACCUGCUGGACCACCUGCUGGGGAGGACAAGGGAGACGGAGAUGGCGAGGUCUCUGAUCCGGCAUUCCGUUGAAGUCAUCUGCAUCCUGUAUCGUCCUGACGCCUCUCAGUCGCUCAAGCUCUCUAUCGUUCAGUCUCUCUACCUCAUCUGCGUUGCUUCAGCCGAUGGUCAGGCCCCCCGCGGUUCUCACCUAACUAUUCGAUUAACUCCUCACACUCUAGAGAGGAUGUGUACCCUUGCGGGUAAGCUCGCCCGCGAUCCCGACGCCAUGGUGCGGCUCAGCUCUGCCAGGACUGUGUGCGCAGCGGCGCUCGCUGCGAGGGAGCGAGCGCCGCUGUGGUCGCUUGUGCUUGUGAGAGAGGCCAUGUCUCGAUUGUCGGACAAGGAGAGCAAGGUCGUGAGAGCGUUCUCCAGCUGCCUGGGGCACAUUUCUCACCUUGUCCUCCUCUUUCCCGUCCGCCUGCUCAGUCAGCUCUCCAACCCUCUGAUUGCCGUGCAGCCCUGGCAGCGGGCACUCGCUUGCAACCCAGCAGUUCCGAUGAGGUCAGCCGACUUCCAGCGGUACAUUUCCUUCGUGUCGCAGCGAUCGCACUUGGAUCUUUCUCCUCUCCUCCCGCGCAUCUAUGCCGUCAGCGAGGCUGUCUCUAAGGCCUUGGGUGUGGGCGAGGAAACGAAAGACAGGCAGCAAGCAGGUUCCGACGCCUUCAACGCCUUCUACGCCUUCUUCGGAGCAACAGGCGACGAGCUGCAUCGUUGCGAACUCUGGGCGUUGAUGGAGGCGAGCAGGCUGCUGGUAAGAAGCAAGCUUCGAUCCUCCUUCGGCGGGCCCGUGCAGACAUUCGAGGCGUUAGAGCACAUGCUGCUGGAGGCCUGCACGCGAGCUGAGAUGGAGGCGCGACGAGAUGAAGUCGCUCCCGGGCAGCAGCCCAACUGGCAUAAGGGGAUCCGCAUGCUGCUGCACCUGCUCGGCCACCUGGAGAGACAGAUCUUCAACGCGUACGAGGGGAGCGUGAACCUGCCGCAGAGCAGCGCAGGGAGCGCAAAGUUCUUCCGGGGGAACCGCAAGGUGUGCGAGGACUGGUUCUCGCGACUGAGAAAGGCGAUGAGCCGAGCGAGCAGCAUCGCGUCUUCUCCUCACCACGUCCUCGAGCAGUCGCUGAAGCGCCUGCCGGAGGCGUCCAAGGCCUUUGCGAAGCUUUCGAGUCAGGCCAACCCUGCCAGCCGGGAGGAAGUGAAGAAGAUGAGGAGCGAGAUCGACGCGCUCACCAUGACCGUCUGCUCAGCUCUGAGUAACGUGGGCGAUGCUGACGGCCUUGAGGGGUUCGCUGCCUGGAUCAAGUUCUCCUCGUUGAAGGGAGCCAACUUGUCGCGAGACACGUACGGCUGGGUCCAUGCUCUGUCCCUGCAGACAAGAGGUCACUACGAAGAAGCGCAGGAGAUGUACAGCGAGUGUCUCUCCUCCUCCUCCUCGAACCCUGAAACCAUCUCGUUCAUCUUCCGCAACGCCAUGGCAUGCUGCCUAGAAGUCGGGGAUGUGAAGGCCUGGCGAUCCUGGCAGGCACGUUUCCGCGAGAUGUUCAACUCAUGCUCAAGUCACACAGACGGUCUCUACCCUCAGCUCUCUGCCAUACAAGGAAGCUUCGAGUCGCAGGCGACGGAAGCUCAGCUCGAGCUGGACGUUGGCAACGUGUCACAGGCGCGAACACGGCUCAUGCUCGUCCCCGACGCAAACGGCCAGUGCAGCAGAAGCCUGCAGGACAGUGUGUACGCGUCCAAGCUCCUCCUCCUGCGCAGCAUUGUGUGCGCUCGAAACCAGCAGGCGGCUGCCUCCCUCAAGCUCCUCGCGCAGGCCAACGACAUCCUGGUGGAGCCCCUCAACAUCCUCAGGAUCGAUGGAGGAUGCGAGUUCUCUCAGGCAGAGGAGCCUCUCGUCCUGCUCUCCAUCAUUGCACACGUGCGAAGGAUGGUAGAGAGCCCGAACUCUCCAGGCAGCCGGGACGCCUCCUCCUCCUCCUCCUCCUCCGCUGACGUGGUACUUCCUGACAAGUUCCUCGAGGUUUCCGAUGCACACUUGUUCUCUUCUGCAGCCUUCAAGUGCGACCCGUCCUUACAUUCUCUUCCUCUCUGGCAUCGGCUGCUCAGCGUCCUUGAAGUGAUGCAGCCGCAGCAGUCUCCCUCCUCCUUCACCCCCUCCCUCCGCCUCAAAGUCGCCAAGAUUGCUCGCAAGCAGCGGAACCUCACUUACGCCGAGAAUCUCCUCAGCCGGUGCGACAGUUCUCAGCUCAGUGAUCUUCACAGGAUGCAGACUCGCUAUGAAUACGCGAGCUUGUCGCUUGCUCGCCGCAACGCGUCGGAGGGGCUGGAGAGGUUGUGGUCCCUGUGGUUCGACUUGCAGAAGCUCCCGCUGCUCUCCGCGAGCUCAGGAGGAGGGGAAGACGCCCUCAGCUGUGUGGACCUGAGCGUGAAGACGCUGAGGAAAGUCGCGAUGAUGAUUCUUGACAAGUCGUUUGACAGCGAGCAGCUGGACGUUAACCGCCUGUUCCGUCAGAUCUUCGACUUCGGCAUGAGCGACGAGAUGCAGAGCUGGGCUAGCGAGCUGAGCUUCGGGUCUUGGGAGCAGAACUCUCCCCACAAGGACUUUCUCGGAGGCUACCUGCUCUUCAAGUGCACCGCCAUGCACAGGAAGCACGCCAAGAGCUGGGCAGACUAUGGCUCCUGGUGCUACCGCCAGGGGCGACACUACAUAGAGGCCAUCUCUAAGGGCUCGGGCGCCGAUCGCCUUGUGGUGCGAGAGAGGAUACAGGAGCAGAUCUUGUCGAUCCUGAUGGCGGACGACGAGGGCGGGGGGAGGGCAGCAUGA